AUGGGCUCUUACGAAGAUUCCUACAAUCAACUCCCUUUGUAUUUGCAUGAGUUGAGGAGGGCCAACCCAGGGACAGUUACUGCCGUUUCUGUAAACCAACAGACUUGGAGGUUCGAGAGAUGUUUUCUAGCUCUCGGACAAUGCAUACGAAGUUUUCAGAAAUCAUUGCGGAGGGUAUUGGCUUUUGACGGAACACACUUAAAGGGCAAAUACAAGGGUGUGUUAUUCAUCGCCAAUGCCUUAGAUGAGGACAAUCAUAUAUUUCCACUUGCGUUUGACAUCGGAGAAUCAGAGAACAGCAGUAGUUGGAAUUGGUUCCUUACCCACCUUAACAAUGUGUUAGGGUCUGUGGAGGGUCUUGUCAUUAUAUCCGACCGAUAUAAAGGUCUGAUGAAAGAGGUUCCCCAAGUCUUCCCGCAUGCAAUCCAUGGGUAUUGUGCGUACCACAUCUAUAGAAACUUAGUUGACACUUUUAAGGAUAAGUCAUUAGAAAUGUAUUACUGGAUGGCUGUGAAGACUUGCAGGAGGGCCGAAUUUGAAAAAAUAAUGCAUGAUAUCAAAAUGGCCAAUCCCCCAUGCGUUAAUGCCCUUUUCAAAGAAGCACGUGAAUACCCCAUUACGAAAUUGAUAGAGGCUGUAAUACUGAAGAUACAGGAAUUGUUUUACAAGAGACGAGAAUCUGCGGCAUCAUUUAUGGGUCCAUUGACACCAUGGGCGGAGAAACAGUUAAAGGAUAUCGUGCAGAAGGCGCGAGAUGUUCGUUGCCAUGCUAUUUCUCGAGAUGAGUACUAUGUCGUUGGAGAUUAUAACGAUACGAUGAAGCUCAGUGAGUUUUCAUGUACAUGUCAUGAGUUUGGCGCGAAGGGGUACCCUUGCAUGCAUGUCCUGUCAGCCUGCAUAAACUACAAUUUGGAUCACUACUUAUACUUCUCCCCAUUCUACACGGCGCAUAAUUACCUGACCACGUAUAGUGAAUCGGUGUAUGCAGUACGCGACAAGAGCGAGUGGAAAAUUUCAACGGGGAUGAAGGAGUAUUGUGUGCAGAUUAAAUCGCCAAGUCAGAGGAGGUCAGUUGGAAGACCCAAAAAGCUUAAAAUUCUAUCGCGUUGA